AUGCCUGCUCAACAAGAAAAGUUCGAUCCCAAGUUCACCGAGCAUGUUCUCAACACCAUUGGCCCGAAAUGCUCAGAUCGGAACCGCGUCGUCCUAGGAAGUCUGAUCAAGCACAUCCACGACUUUGCUCGUGAGGUCGAAUUAACCGUCGACGAAUGGAUGUUGGGUGUUCACUUCAUCAACUCUAUUGGACAAGCCAGCACACCCAUCAGAAAUGAGGGUCAGCGUAUCUCAGAUGUCAUCGGUCUUGAAUCCCUCGUCGAUGAGAUUGCACACAAGCUAGUCACCGACGGUACUAUCGCACCUACAUCCUCCUCAAUUCUCGGUCCUUUCUGGUCACCAAAUGCACCAUUCCGCGAGCUUGGUGGUAGCAUCAUCCAAGAUCCAGCGCCAUUAGGGAAGCCGGCGUUGAUGCACGGAAAGGUUAUUGAUAUGGUCACUGGAAAGGGUAUUCCAAAUGCCAUUUUCGACAUCUGGCAAGCAUCAGCAAACGGAAAAUACGAUUUCCAAGACCCAGAAAACCAGAGCGACAACAACUUGCGAGGAAAGUUCCGAACAGAUGCGAAUGGAGAAUAUCACUUUUAUAUGCUGAAGCCAACCGCCUACUCUCUGCCAACUGAUGGACCAGCUGGUGUUCUCCUCAAGCUUUUGGAUCGUCAUCCUAUGCGACCAGCUCACAUUCAUCUUAUGAUCACCCAUGACGACUACAAACCAGUAACCACCCAAAUCUUCCCCAAAGACGACCCAUAUCUCGCAACCGACACCGUCUACGCCGUCAAAGACGACCUCGUCAUCGAUUUCACCCCAAGAGAAGGAGACCCAAAUGCAAAGCUGGACUUGGAAUAUAGCGUCAAGCUCGCACCAAAGAACUAUGAUGGCAUUUCCCCGGUAUCGCAAACUACUAUCGGUUUGAUGGAUCAGACGUCUGGACAGGCGAGACUUUGA